CAUAGACUAUCAGAUCAAUCUUGGCGUCGUCGCCGCCAUUGUUCUAUGAUUUUUCUGUGUGGUUUUGGAAUAUAACAUUUAACAAAAUCUCUGCUUUAACUUCCACAUCGAAUCCAGAGCUCAGCAAAAACUUUCUUACUUUAAAGGCCAGCUCGCUGAUGGAAAAGAUUCUUCUGGUGUGUUGAAAGCAGUAUCAUCUACCGUUAAAGGAGUUUUGACAUACAAAGUCACAUUGAGCAGUUCACUCGAACCAGGGCAAACUGUCAAAGUUCUUGUUGACACAGUGUUCGCUCACAAUCUUGCACCUCAUUUAGCAGAUAUUGGAAAAAGAAAAGCAGUAAGUCCAGUACAGCGGUAGUGCAUUAUUCUACAUGUUGAAAGCUACACCAAAGUUAAGCCCUUUUCACAAAGUGAUUUAACGAUUACCUAUGGACCAUAUGAAAAUAUUGCUCCUUUGACUGAAGAGGAUAUUAUUCAUUUUGAGAACAAUGUCUUCGAGUGUUGACAAUCUCCUUAGACAUUUCCAUUGGGGUAAAAUUGCUGUUGAAGAGACUUUCGAUGUUUAUCAUGGUGGAUCCAAGCUCAAAAGCUCUUUUUUGGGAUUUGAAUUGGCCGACAGCAGCAAAGCCAUCAACGCCAAUGCGACGACCAACGAGGGAAACAGCAUCGGCCACUACUAUCCAAUGUUCCAGGAUGUCCAUGUCAUGAUGUUCAUCGGUUUCGGCUUAUUGAUGACCUUUUUGAAUAAGUACGGCUACAGCGCAGUGGCUGUCUUUUUUCUGAUCGCCGCCAUCGUCCUACAAUGGGCCACCCUCUGCCAAGGGUUCUACCACACUUUCGAUGGUCGAAAUAUUCACAUCACUAUUACCAGUUUGUUGAACGCCGAUUUCGCAUCGGCCACCGUUUUGAUUUCGUUCGGCGCUGUCAUCGGCGUCACGACGCCACUCCAGCUGGCCGUCAUGGCUGUUUGCGAGAUUGCCAUUUUCGCCAGCAACGAACAUCUCGGACUGGAAAUCUUGAGGAUUUCUUAUGUUGGGGCGUCGAUGCUGGUCAACAUCUUUGGCGCCUAUUUCGGACUGGCCGUCAGUUGCGUAUUGAGGAGGGACGUCGCCUCGGAGAAGGAAGGCGCCACCUACAAUUCCGACAUUUUCGCCAUGAUGUUGCAUUCUUUCACAUCAUCAAGGUUCCUUAUAGGAGCGCUGUUGUUGGGUCCACCUGGUUGCGGAAAGACGUUACUGGCUAAAGCUGUCGCAACGGAAGCCGAUGUUCCAUUUCUGUCCAUGAAUGGUUCGGAAUUCAUCGAAGUAACUGGAGGACUGGAAGCGGCUCGCGUCCGAGAUUUGUUCAAAGAAGCACGAAAAGAGUUCCUGCAUUAUUUACAUUGACGAGAUCGAUGCCAUUGGCCGCCAGCGUUCCCAGGGUGGUGGUGCUUUUGAUGGAGCAUCUGGUGAAAGUGAACAGACAUUAAAUCAACUUUUAGUGGAAAUUGACGGAAUGUUAACUCGCGAAUGUCAACACUGACGCUCUUCUGAAAGUGACCAUUGUUUCUCGUACGAGCCAGGCCCUGGGAUUCGCUCAGUACACGCCCACCGACAAGCGACUCUUCUCUACUGAAAAACUUUUCGGGCGGAUGUGCAUGGCCUUAGGCGGGCGAGUGGCCGAAUCUAUCACGUUCCGAGUGAUAACCGGAACACAAAAUGAUCUUUUCUAGAUCCAAGUGCUUUGACUUUUUCCAAUGUACAAAAAAUAUGUUUGUGUAAAAAUUUUUCUUAAAUAAAGUGCUUUUAUGGUUUAA